AUGCCACUAAAAGCACGAAAACUAUUGGAAGAAAUAGGGGAUGAACCCAUUAUGAAAAUCCAACUUGGUCGUAGACCUGUAAAAGAUCUUGCCAUUAAAAUACUUAACUUUUUAAGUUAUUCAAAAUUUGCUGAUAAACAAUAUGAACUUGGUUAUGAUGAAAUCUAUCACAAUUAUUUGCUCGUCACUGUUCAGAAUAAUCAUGGAUUCAAUGUAUUACAAAAUAUUGUUCGAAAUGCACCAGAAAACACAAAUGGUAAAACAGUUCUGGUACUUGAAAAAUCAUUCCGUAUUGGUCUCAGAGACCCAGUUAUACCUGAUGAAAUGAUAGAUCUAUACGAUAUUCCGCUACCACCAAAUAAAUCAUUAACACUGAAUCAAUUAAUUACCACAACAUUAUAUGCUGAAAAAGACUUCUUUGUAUAUGAUGCUGGUGAAAAUAAUAUGUGCCAAACGUUUGUCAAAAGUGUUCUUGAAAGCAAUGGUUUGAUGCCUAACAUUGUUGAUGAAGCAACAUUAGAAGCGCUCGAACCAAUCGAUUCUAAAACAUUGGUUGCUACACUAGACGAGCUGUCUGGUUUAGUUAAACUAACAACUGAUAUAGCUGCGAAAUUACACAGAUAUCAAUUACCGAAGAGUCGAUAA